GGGAGGGCUGCUAUAAAGGCCGGUUCCCUGUUGCUUGCUCCCAUUCCUUCAGUUGUUUCAGUGGGUUUGAUCUGCAGGGUAUACACCAGAAUGAUACUCCUGUUUACGGUCACCUUCACCAUCCUGGCACUGUCCUCCCUGGACCAGGUGGAGUCUUCAGCCUAUGACAAGAUAGUCACACACAGUCGCAUCAGGGCUAAGAGAGAAGGGCCCAAUGUGUGUGCUUUACAGCAGGUCAUGGGGACCAAGAAAAAAUACUUCAGCACAUGCAGGAACUGGUAUAACAAAUCCAUCUGUGGUAAAAAGGCAAUGGUCUUAUAUGAGUGCUGUCCAGGUUAUAUGAAGUUAGAAGGGAUGCGAGGGUGCCCUGCAGUGGCUCCUAUUGACACUGUGUUUGGCACCCUGGAUCUGGUGAAUGCCAAGAUCACCCAACGAUACUCCGAUCAGUCCAAAAUGAGGGAAGAACUCGCGGGAGCCGGAUCUUACACAAUGUUUGCACCAAGUGACGAUGCCUGGGAAGAGUUAGAUCCUGCAUUGAAAGAUGCCAUUGUGAGCAGUGGAAACACUGAGCUUUACAAUGCACUCCACUAUCACAUGGUCAACAAACGUCUUCUCACUAAGGACCUGAAGAAUGACAUGACCCUAGAGUCCAUGCAUAACAAACAAGGCCUCUAUAUCAAUCACUACUCAAAUGGAGUUGUCACUGUGAACUGUGCCAGGAUCAUUCACGGCAACCAGGUGGCAACUAAUGGAGUUGUGCACGUCAUUGAUCGGGUCAUCAGCGUCGUAAGCCAAACGAUAAAGGAAGUGAUCAAUUCCAAUGAUGAUCUGGCUUCACUCAACACAGUUGCUUUGAGAUCAGGUCUCCUGGAUCAACUGGGAGAGCCCGGACAUUACACACUUUUUGCUCCAACCAACGAGGCCUUUGACAAUGUAGACAGAAAAGUCCUUGAGAGACUUAUGAGUGACACAACUGUACUUAAAGCCCUUUUAAAGUACCACCUCCUGAACUCAGUGCAGUGCUCUGAGGCCAUUAUGGCGGGUUCUCUCUAUGGGACUCUUGAGGGCAGCAAUAUUGAAAUCGGAUGUGAUGGCGAGAGCCUUACAGUCAAUGGUAUCAAGAUGGUGCUGAAGAAAGACAUUGUCACCAGCAAUGGGGUCAUUCAUCUGAUCAGCCAUGUGCUCAUGCCUGACUCGGCCAAGCAGGUGACAGAGCUUAUAGGCAAAUCUCAGAGCGUCUUCAGGGACCUGGUGUCUGAGCUCGGCCUGUCUGCCGCCAUGCAGCCUGAAACUGAGUAUACUAUUCUUGCCCCACUGAAUGGAGCCUUCUCUGACGAUGUAAUGUCCAUGGAUCAGCGUCUCCUGAAGAUGAUUCUAGAAAACCACAUUAUGAAACUCAAGAUCUCUCUGAGUGACCUCUACAGCGGCCAGCUUCUGGAAACCCUGGGAGGAAGACUCCUCAGAGUCUUCAUUUAUCGCACGGCUGUGUGUAUUGAGAACGCAUGUAUGGUCCGAGGCAGCAGAGAGGGCAGUAACGGAGUCCUUCAUCUCAUGCGAUCACUGAUCCAGCCACCCGAGACAACCAUCUAUGAGCUGCUCUUAAAAGACGGACGCUUCAAAAUCUUCCUGUCUCUGAUGGAGAGUGCUGGACUGACAGAUCUACUGAAGCAGGAGGGAUCAUACACACUCUUUGCUCCUGAAGAUGCUGCCUUUGGCACCCUGACAGAGGAAGACAUCACUCUUCUGAAAAGCGACAUCAACACCCUCAGGGUGAUCCUGCUCUACCACUUUAGCAAUGGCGUCUUUAUUAAUGGUGGCUUGGAGGGUGGAGUGACUAAUCUUCUCAAGACCAUUCAGGGCAACAACCUUCAAGUGCUGUCUGUUAACAACUCCAUCCAUGUAAAUUCAGUGGAGGUUCCAGAUUUUGAUCUUAUGGCAUCCAACGGAGUGGUUCAUGUAGUGAAGGCCAUAUUAUAUCCUCAAGAUCUGCCAGUUGGCCGUGAAGACAUAUUGAUUCUGCUGAGGAGACUCAUCAAAUACAUGCAGCUGAAGUUUGUAUCUGGAUACACCUAUCGUGAGAUUCCACUUACAUUCAUCAAGAGGACAAUAACCACACAUGUCAUUGAGAAAGGUCCCAAAUACAAGGUGGUGAUUGAAGAACCAAGUGUCACCAAGGUUACACGAGUAAUCAAAGGAAAACCAAUCAUCACAGAAGUUACACAAGAGAUUGAAGAAGAUCCGAGCAUCACCAAAGUUACACGACUGAUUGAAGAAGAUCCAAGCAUCACCAAAGUUACACGACUGAUUGAAGAAGAUCCGAGCAUCACCAAAGUUAGACGAGUGAUAGAAGAAGAUCCGAAUGUCACCAAAGUAACACGAGUAAUUGAAGAAGAUCCGAACGUCACCAAAGUUACACGAGUGUUUGAAGAAGAUCCAAGCAUCACCAAAGUUAGACGAGUGAUAGAAGAAGAUCCGAAUGUCACCAAAGUAACACGAGUAAUUGAAGAAGAUCCGAGCAUCACCAAAGUUAGACGAGUGAUUGGAAAAGAUUCAAACAUCAAAAUUACACGAGUGACUAACGGAGAUCCAAGAAUCACCAUAAUGAAAGGAGUGGUUGAAGGAGAUACAGGCGUCACCAAAGUUAGACAAGUUAAUGAAGGAAAGCCGUCUAUUACAAAAGUCACAAGGCUCAUUGAAACUCACAGUGCUUCAUCUGAUGGAGAAAUUGACACUGAGGGAGAUAUCAAGAGAAUCAUGGGUGAAGAUGUAACCAAGGUGCAGAAGUUUCAUGGUGGUGAUGUACACAUCCUCCGGGAGGAAGAUAUCAAACAAAUCACUGAUGCGAUUACCCAGGGAGGUGGACCGGGGAUCACCACCAUAAGUAAAGUAAUCAAACCAGGGGUCCAGGUUGUUGAAACUGAACCAGGGCUCACCACGUUUACUAGAGUAAUUAAGAAAAGCCCUCAGAUCAUUGAAGAUGAGGAAACCACUGUUACCAGAGUAGUUCGACCAGAACCACAGAUAAUUGAAGGACCAGACUUUUCUAAGAUUGUAUCUUUCAAGGACAGUCCAGACCUCUUUGAAACAGAAUCGGAGAGAAUCACCAGAAUCAUCAAGGAGGGUCGUUCUAAAAAACGAGCUGCCAUCAGACCACCACACGGAUCAAGGCGGAGAGUGAGAAUGGUCAGGCAUCACUCCAGACGCAGACAGUGAGAUGAAUGAGGCUCACUCUGAAGAUCCAGCUAAAGAGAAAGACAGUGUUGUAGGGCAGUGUGUUUAUCCUGCAAAUACACUGUUACUUCAAACCGCAUUGAAUGUUUACACAUUACAAACCAAUGCAGUAAUAUCUUGGAUCUAUGUGGCACACACCCCACUUCAACUCAGAUAAGGGGUACUUGAAAUGGUGGUGGUUAUAAAGAGAGACAUUGGUCAUUUUUGUUUGUUUGUUUUUUAAGCUGUUUAUAUUGUUUCUUUGAAUAUAUAUAUACUGUAUGAGCCUGUCAUUGAGCUUGUCGUGCACAUGAGAUUUUGUGGUGCUUGCAUUCAGGGAUAUGAAUGCAUUUUUAUCUGUAAGGAUCAGCAAAGCUUUGGCUGUUGAGUUUACUUUAAAUCACGCAGCUUGCCACUUUUCAUCUGUUUCUAAUUUUCUGUUCAUUUUUCAUGAAUUUCUUCACAUCUACA